AUGUGGAGGGUGACAAAUUGCCUCGGCUCCAACAACGUAGGGUCCCAGUCGUACUCGGACGGGCUGUGGGUGACCUGUUCCAACGAUGGCACGGGGCAGUCGCAUUGCAGGUAUUACAGCUCCAUGCUGGAGAUCACCCCCGACUUGCUAAUUGCCCGUCCCCUGGUGGUCACCGCCCUCAUCAUGACCUUCGCCGGCAUCAUCGUCUUCAUCACACGUGGAAUCUUCCCCAGCUGCGUGGGCGACCGCAGCAACAAGGGCGCGUUCAUCACUGCGUCAGGCACCCUGUUCGUCGCGUCCUCCAUUGUGAUCCUCGUCGCCGUCUCCUUCCCUGCCAGCAACAUCAUCAACAACACCUACAUCCCCACGGGGCCCGAGGCCGUCAGUAGAGAGCUGGGGGCUGCCAUCUACAUCGGCUUCGUCGCCUUUGCCCUCUUGCUCGCCGGUGGGGUUGCCCUGUGCCGCUUGGGAACCCGAUACCCGCAGGAUUCCUAUGCCAAGAAUUACAAAGGGGUGAAGACCUGCGAUUCAACAGGCUACCCCAUGAAGGACUACGUGUGA